GCCAUGGCGGCGGCGUUCAAAACUGUAGAACCUUUGGAAUAUUACAGGAGGUUUUUGAAAGAGAACUGUCGGCCUGAUGGAAGAGAGUUAGGUGAAUUUCGGACAACCACUGUCAACAUAGGUUCAAUUACAACUGCAGAUGGUUCUGCCCUGGUGAAGUUAGGAAAUACCACGGUGAUUUGUGGAGUAAAAGCGGAACUUGCUGCACCUGCAGUGGAUUCUGCUAAUAAGGGAUAUAUUGUUCCAAAUGUAGAGCUGCCAUCCCUCUGUGCAGAGAGGUUUCGCUCUGGACCACCUGGUGAAGAAGCUCAAGCAGCGAGCCAGUUCAUUGCAGAUGUGAUUGAAAAUUCACAGAUGAUAGUGAAAGAAGAUCUGUGUAUUGCCAAUGGCAAGCUUGCUUGGGUUUUAUACUGUGAUAUCAUAUGUCUGGACUAUGAUGGAAACCUUCUGGAUGCCAGUGUCUUUGCUUUGUUGGCAGCAUUAAAAAACGUGCAAUUGCCGUUGGUUACGAUAAAUGAAGAAACUGGUUUAUCAGAAGUUAAUUUCAAACAGAAGAACCCUUUGAUUAUCAGAAAGCAUCCGGUUGCCACAUCAUUUGCUAUAUUUGAUGACACAUUACUCAUUGUUGAUCCAACUGCUGAAGAAGAAGAUUUAGCAACUGGAACAGUAACCAUUGUAACUGACGAAGAAGGCAGACUGUGUUCUGUCCAUAAACCAGGUAUUUUUAAAUUUACUACAAAGAAACCUAUGCAGAUGAUGAUGUUGGGUCAAGAAAAGAUUAUACACCAGGUUUGCUUUGUGAGAUGUGGGUGCUUUAUGGUAACAGUGUCUGCUUGAAUCAUCAUUAGAUUACACACUCUUGAAAGGAGCUUUAAGAUGGUGGCAUGACUAAAGUUCAAAAAGCAGUCACAGCAGAGGACAAAUUCUGGGCAUGUCUCCGUUACAAUUCCUGUUUGUUUCCUUCAUCUUUGCCUGAAGCUAGGGCUGGGAAAGCUAUGUGCUCCCCAGGUGAACGGUGCUGGUAAUGACAGUUGGUGUAUCAAAUUUGGAAAUCAUAGUUAGAUACAUGUAACUGAAAUAUAAAUAGAAAAUCAAAUUGUUCCUUUCAAUGUUUAGGUGGAAGUCCCCUUACAGGAGCCAAGCUUCAGGACUGUAUCAGCAGAGCAAUUACAAGACACAAAGAAGUAAAGAAGCUGAUAGACAAAGUAAUAAAAAGUAUAACACCCAAGUGAACAAAAAGAGAGCUCUUUUCAA